AAAAUAGGCAUCCGGUAGUUGCUUUGGUAACACGCGUAAACAAAUGGCGUCGAACUGAGCAACUAAACCGAAGACAGUACACUAAUUCACAAAUUUGUUUGGAAGGCCCAGUAAGUUUGAAUGCUUGGUGGCUGAAUGUUAUAUUUAAAACAUAUUUUGUGCACUGCAUAGUAACUGUGUGGUAGAUAUGAUGGACGACGAUCAUUUUUCUACAACACUUGCUUACACGAAAAGUCCAAAAACAUCCAGAAGAACAACUUUCCAGAAUGAGCUGGAGGCAGCUGUGUCUGCUAGAACUAACAGACAUAAACCCAGAUAUUCCUACUCUGAUGACUUUGACGAUGAUGAAGACCAUGAUAAAGAUGAUGAUGGCGACAUUCUCAGCAACCUCCUUAAAACACAGAAAGAGAAAAAGGACAGAUUUAGAGCUGGAAGGACAAAAGGCAAAAUCAGUGAUUUCAUGCUUUUGGAUGAUGAAGACGAAAAUGUCAAACCAAAAAAACUAUCUUUCUUAAAAACCAAAGUGAAAAGUUCACCUGUCCACAUUGAGCAGCAAGACUCAAUGAAAAGUGCAGGUAACCAUCAUGGUUCUUUCCAUUUCACUCCUCAAAAUCCACAGAAUUCUGUUACCACAGAGAAAAAUCAGGAAGCAGGUUCCCCAUUCUGCUCUCAAUCAGACAAUCUUCAACCACAGUCCACUUUACAGAAGGCCGAUCGGUCAGAAUCCGUAAUGAGGAUGAGGAACCAGACAGAAUCUUCUAUGGUGAGGAAAAGCCUGUCAGAAUCACCUUUGCCAUUCAGCUCUGAGUAUAGCCAAUGGAAAUCUUCAGUCCCUCUUCCAUCAGAGGGCUCUCUUUGUGACAGUCCAGUAUCAUUGGUGUCAGAUAAACAGGACAACCAAAGGAUUUCUUUUGGGAAAGAUUGUGAUCUUCCUAUUCCUCACCCCCGGGAAAGAAGUGUCAAAACAAAACUUCCUUCAGGUCAGGGUUGUCCUGCUGAAGACAUGUCACCCAGGCCUUUGCCCAGGCAUAAGACGGUAAAUGACCAUGGUCCAUUAGAGGAGAAAACACAAGCAGAAACCACUGAUUGCAGUGUUAGAGCCACCUCCACUAUGUCUAUAGUGCUCUCCAACACCUCUACCACUAAUGAUAGUGUUCAGGGGCCAGAUGAAGGCAGGCUCAUGUCACAAAAGUCCAAGACGUAUUCCUCUUCAACAUCAGAGAACAUAUCUGAGGCUCCAGCUAUAGCAGGAAGUGUUGCCUCAGAAGAGAGCAAAGAAGAAAUACAGUCAACAUCCUUUGAGGAAAAGCAUGAGCGUUCCCAUGGCAACUUUGGGAACCACACAUUUACUUUACCUGCUCAAAAGAUCAGCAAAUCCUCAGGCAGGAAGUCCAAGAGCUCCUACACAGCAGAGUCUAAAUACCUGGGAACAUUGAAAAUUCUGGAUCAGAGGACACAGGAGGCCCAACAGAUUCCAGAGGCAGCAGAUUCCCUAAGAGCUGCUGUGUACCAAGAAUGGGUAAAAAAGAAAGAAGAAAAAAUAAAAAUUAAAAUGAUGGCAAAGAAACAGGAAGAAAAGUUAAAAGAAGAUAAAAAGCAAGAGGACAUGCUGGCAAAAAUUGCAGAUGCUAAAGCCUCUUAUGAGGCCUGGAAAGAGAAAAAAGUGGAUGUCAUCCGAAAGAAAGAAAAAGAAAAACAGGAGGCAGUCAAUCGACAACAAAUGGAAAUGGAUAAAAUACAAGAAAAAAAGGAAACAGCAAAACAGCAGGUUUUUGAGAAAUGGAAACAGGAGCAUGAUGAAAUCCUUAAAGAAAAGAUAAGGAAAAAGAAACAGACUGAGAAAAGAGAGAAACUACAGCAAGGUCGAGUGAAAGAUGAGAGGAAUAGGGAGUGUACAUCUGCUUUCGUGAAAUGGAGUGAACAAAAGAAGUGUGUAAUUCAAGCAAAGGUAAGAGAAGAACGCAAGCAGGAAACAUUUCAAGAAGUUGAAGAACAAUAUGAAAAGGAGGAACGAGAGAAAAUGGCGUUGGAAGUGUAUGACAAAUGGCUGAGAAGAAAAGAGUUUCAACAAAAAAGAGAAAGAAAAGAAAAGAGGAUACAAGCUAUUCUUCAUGAUGACCCCCUUCCACCAUGGAGUCCCCCUAAUAAAACCAUCCCAUUUGGAAAAUAAGCAUAAUUUUUUGGUAAUUGGCCUUAUGUGAAAAUAUAACAUUUCUAAACAUGCCUUUAAAAUAAAAUAAAUUAGUGCUAUUUGUGACCAUAGACCAGUGUUUCUCAACUCUGGUCCUCAAGGACCCCCUUCCAGAAUGUUUUAGAUGUCUCCUUAUUUAACACACCUGAUUUAAAUUAUUAGCUUGUUAGGUAGACAUUCUGGAAGGAGUCUGAUGAGUUAGUUCAGGUGUUUUAAAUAAGGAGACAUCUAAAACAUUCUGGAAGGGGGUCCUUGAGGACCAGGGUUGAGAAACACUGCCAUAGACCACAAAAAAAGGCGUAAGUCGAACAAAUAUAUUUGUAGAAAAAGCAAAAAAUAAUAGGCAUGGAUCAAAAUUAUCUAUUUUUCUUUUAUGACAAAAAUGCCUACCGUAAAUAUAUAAAAACUUUCUUUGUGAAUCGAUGCAGCAAAAUCUCAAGUAAAUUUGGCCAGAACAAUUUGCUUCCCGUUUCUUGGAGAUUUCCCAUUCAAGUUUGGUUUAUAAAAAAUUUACAAUUUCCUGCAUUCAAUCAACAAGGUCAUCACAGCAGUUAUCCAGUAGUGACCACUAAAACAAACGUUUUCAUUAAUCUGCAUUGCUGAAUAUGGACUUCAUUGGUUUCUGAACUUUAAAUGCGAUAUCAACACAUCGUAGGUUGAUGCAAAACUUUAAAUGUGAUUUUCUUAAUAUUUAGAUUUUUUGCACACUUCGGAUUCCAGAUUUUCAAAUCGUAUUCUAACAAAACAUACAUCUAGGGAAUGCAUAUUUAUUUAGCUUUUGAAUGAUGUAUGAAAAAAUUGGAAAAAAAUCUUUAUGACUGGUUUUGUGGUCCUGUGUCACAUUUAUAGAUUGUUAUAUAUUUAUAGAUUGUAAAGUGCCUUUAUCUUAAUUUAUUUUUAAAUAGAUUUUUUUAAUGAUAUUUAGUUAACUACAGUGUUUGCAAUGUGUACAUUUUAGGAGGAUCUACUGUAUUGACAAAAAUGCAAUAUAAUAUAGGCUACAUAAAUAUUUUUUCAGUGGUGUAUAAAGACCUCACAUAAUGAACUGUUAUGUUUUUAGUACCUUGAUGAGCCAUUUUUAUCUACAUACACAGCAUGUCACCUUAAAUGGAAGUGGCUAUUUUGCACUGCCAUGUUUCUGCGCUACGGAACGUUUUAUCACUACAAUCUCAGAAAAAGGUACAGUUGUACCUUUUGUCACUGGGACGGUACCUUUUAAAAGGUCCUAAUAUGUACCAUUUAGAUAUGUACCAUAGAGCGGCCAACAGGUAAAAAAGUGUACUUUUUGAAAAGGCACCACCCCAGUGACAAAUAUGUAAUUUCAUGUUCUGAGAGUUUGUAUCAGACGACAACGUGUUUGUCCAGUGGCGGCUACCAUAUCUUUUUCAUGCCUUUCCAAAAGAGGGUUGAGCUGUUAGUUAAAAUUUGCAACCUCGCCACUAAAAUCUAUACUUUUUUUCUCUUUGAGUAAAAAUUUGUAGUUGAACAACUUACAAUUUACCAAUUAAGUAAUUUCUUAAGUUGAUCCAACUUUUUACAAUGUAGUUAAUGUUAAUAGUUGAUGUUAAUAAUUUAGUUAAAGUUGAUGCUAGAGACUUUUGUUUACUCGUUGACAAAAUAUUCAGUUUGGACCCUUUGUUGAUGAUUAGAAACUAUGUUGCUUUAUUUAUAUUCAGAAGAGCUAUAGUGCUCUUAAAAAUAGUACUGUUAGGUUGCAAUAAUUCAUAUGUUAACCUAGAAACAAACAUUUGUGUUUCCAAGCAAAUUCCCUAUUAUUUCUAUCUAAUUUGUGGUAUGCUUAGAAAGUACAGUAGAAUAAUCUUCAUUUAUCCUCCUGGGGGGAUUGCAGUAUCGAUGGAACACAAAACUCAACACUAGAGCAAUGAAAACAUAAUAAUAGGAUCUGGCGUUAAGCUAAUUCUCUGCCUGGCGCCUUACAUUUAGUCUUUGCUGUGGAAAAUUUGUCAAAUGUGUCCAUGAGAUGACUUCAGUGUUUGUCAUGCACAUGCUGAGAUGAAAAGCCAUCUGCUUGAAAAAAAAAUCUCUAAUGCAGGAGAUGUCUAUAGAUAAAAAGAUCUUUAGGCAGAGAUGGAAAUUCAUUAAUGAGCUGUAGAUAAAAUACAAAGACAUACAGGCCUGUAAUUGACAGGAUCAAUACUCUGAGACCCUCUUCUAUUUUUAUGUUGUGCUCUUGUGCCCAACGAGUAUUGAGUGGUCAGGCUUUUCCUGUUAGAUGAUUGAUCUCUAUGGGUUGGUGGCUGAUCAGAGUAGGGAAUUUGUAAACCAAAUACAUUUCUUUAAUGUUUUUAAUGUAAGGAUUUUAUUAUGUAUUAUUGUUAUUUGCCUUUUCUUGCCUUAUUGUCAUUUUCAAAACUUGAUUUGGAUCUUGAUCGCUAAUGUUUUAAGACUAUUUAAUUCCAAUUCCAUUAUUUUAAAUUACAUUAAAUUGGUCAUUUGUAAAUAAUGAGGUUGUUGUUACUGUUUAUAAUCAUCAGUUGAUUCAUACAUUACCCUACAAAGAAGUUUAUCUCUAACCUUUCCACCUUAUCAAAUGUUUUAUGAA